CCACUCGCACCACUCCAACGACUCCUGCCACCCAAACGCUUCCAAAGGCGCCGUGGCCCUGCCGGGACCCGGCGGCGGCGAGCAGCGAGGCGGCCCUAGGGGCACGGAGCAGGUAUUGAUGUCAAGUUGGACCAUUAUUGAAAAUUAGAAGUCUUAAAAAGAAGACCUGAUAAAGUCAUUGGACUACAUUGAAGCUCAGCAAAAAUGGCCAAAUAUGGAGAACACGAGGCCGGGCCUGAUGAUGGGCAGAACGAGUUCAGUGACAUCAUUAAGUCCAGAUCUGAUGAACACAAUGACGUACAGAAGAAAACCUUUACCAAAUGGAUAAAUGCUCGAUUCUCAAAGAGUGGAAAGCCGCCUAUCAGUGAUAUGUUCACAGACCUCAAAGAUGGAAGGAAGCUGUUGGAUCUUCUAGAAGGCCUCACAGGAAUAUCACUGCCAAAGGAACGUGGCUCCACAAGGGUGCAUGCUUUAAAUAAUGUCAACAGAGUGUUGCAGGUUUUACAUCAGAACAAUGUGGACUUAGUGAAUAUAGGAGGAACCGACAUCGUAGAUGGAAAUCACAAACUGACUUUGGGAUUACUUUGGAGCAUCAUUUUACACUGGCAGGUAAAAGAUGUCAUGAAAGAUAUCAUGUCAGACCUGCAGCAGACAAAUAGUGAGAAGAUCCUGCUGAGCUGGGUGCGCCAGUCCACCAGGCCCUACGGCCAGGUCAACGUCCUUAACUUCACCACAAGCUGGACAGACGGACUCGCCUUUAAUGCCGUGCUUCACCGACACAAACCUGACCUCUUCAGCUGGGACAGAGUUGUUAAAAUGUCCCCAAUUGAGAGACUUGAACAUGCCUUCAGCAAGGCUCAGACUUAUUUGGGAAUUGAAAAGCUGUUAGAUCCUGAAGACGUUGCUGUUCAGCUUCCUGACAAGAAAUCCAUAAUUAUGUAUUUAACAUCUUUGUUUGAGGUGCUACCUCAGCAAGUUACUAUAGAUGAUAUCCGUGAAGUAGAAACACUUCCAAGGAAAUAUAAGAAGGAAUGUGAAGAAGGAGAAAUUAAUAUUCAGAGUGCAGCGCCGGAGGAGGAGCGUGAGAGUCCCCGAGCUGAAACCCCCAGCACUGUCACCGAGGCCGACAUGGAUCUGGACAGCUAUCAGAUAGCACUGGAGGAAGUGCUGACCUGGUUACUGUCUGCUGAGGAUACCUUCCAGGAGCAGGGUGACAUUUCUGAUGAUGUCGAAGAAGUCAAAGACCAGUUUGCAACCCAUGAAGCAUUUAUGAUGGAGCUGACUGCACACCAGAGCAGUGUGGGCAGUGUCCUGCAGGCGGGAAACCAGCUGAUCACCCAGGGAACUCUGACAGACGAAGAGGAGUUUGAGAUUCAGGAGCAAAUGACCUUGCUGAAUGCGAGAUGGGAGGCACUCAGGGUGGAGAGUAUGGACAGACAGUCCCGGCUGCAUGAUGUGCUGAUGGAGCUACAGAGGAAACAGCUGCAGCAGCUGUCUGCCUGGCUGACCCUCACAGAAGAACGCAUCCAGAAGAUGGAAGCUUGCCCCCUGGAAGAUGACUUACAGUCCGUACAGAAGCUGCUAGAAGAACAUAAAAGUUUGCAAAACGAUCUUGAGACUGAACAGGUGAAAGUAAAUUCAUUAACUCACAUGGUGGUAAUUGUUGAUGAAAACAGUGGUGAGAGUGCUACAGCUGUUCUAGAAGAUCAAUUACAGAAACUUGGUGAGCGUUGGACAGCAGUAUGCCGUUGGACUGAAGAACGUUGGAAUAGGUUACAAGAAAUCAAUAUAUUGUGGCAAGAGUUAUUGGAAGAACAGUGCUUGUUGAAAGCUUGGCUAACUGAAAAAGAAGAGGCUUUAAAUAAAGUCCAGACGAGUAACUUCAAAGACCAGAAGGAACUAAGCAUCAGUAUUCGACGGCUGGCUAUUUUGAAAGAAGACAUGGAAAUGAAGCGUCAAGCACUGGAUCAGUUAAGUGAAAUUGGCCAGGAUGUGGGUCAAUUACUUGAUAAUCCCAAGGCAUCUAAGAAGAUCAACAGUGACUCAGAGGAACUGACUCAGAGAUGGGAUUCUCUAGUUCAGAGACUAGAAGAUUCCUCCAACCAGGUGACUCAAGCUGUAGCAAAGCUGGGGAUGUCCCAGAUUCCGCAGAAGGACCUUUUGGAGACUGUUCGCAUAAGAGAACAAGUAACGACAAAAAAGUCUAAGCAAGAGCUGCCUCCUCCUCCUCCCCCAAAGAAGAGACAGAUCCACGUGGAUAUGGAAGCUAAGAAAAAGUUUGAUGCUGUAAGUGCGGAGCUGCUGAACUGGAUUUUGAAAUCCAAGACUGCCAUUCAGACAACAGAGAUAAAAGAAUAUAAAAAGAUGCAAGAGACUUCAGAACUGAAAAAGAAGCUGAAGGAAUUAGAAAAAGAACAGACAGAAAGAAGCCCUAAACUGGAUGAAUUAAGCCAAACCGGACAAAUCCUUUUGGAGCAAAUGAGAAAAGAAGGUCUUCCUGCUGAAGAAAUAAAAAAUAUUCUGGAGAAGGUUUUAUCAGAAUGGAAGAAGCUAUCCCAGCAUUUGGAAGAUCUGGCAAGAAAGAUUCAGCUACAGGAAGAAAUAAAUGCUUAUUUUAAGCAGCUUGAUGAGCUUGAAAAGACCAUAAAGAAAAAGGAAGUGUGGAUAAAACAUGCUUCCUUUUCAGAACCUCCCCAGCAGUCCUUGCCAAGUUUGAAAGACUCCUGUCAGCGGGAGUUAACAAGCCUCCUGGACCUCCACCCUAAAAUUGAAAUGCUACUUGCGAGCUGCUUGGCCCUGAAGUCUCAGCCUUCUGCUCCAGAUUUUAUCCAGCAGAGCCUAGAUAGUGUUCUGGGCCGCUACCAAGCUUUGAAACAGGAUUUAGAGGAUCGUCAGCAACAGCUAGAGAAUGAACUGAAGAGCCAACCUGGAUGUGAAUAUCUGGAAACACUGAAAACCCUGAAAGAUGUGCUGAACGAUUCAGAAAAUAAGGCCCAGGCUUCCCUGAGUGUGUUGAAUGAUUUUGCAAAGGUGGAGAAGACCCUGCAAGAAAAAAAGGCUCUUGAUGAAAUUCUCGAGAAUCAAAAACCUACAUUAUAUAAACUUGCAGAGGAAACAAAGGCUUUGGAGAAGAAGGCUCCUCCUGAUGUAAAAAAUACGUAUAGGCAGGAGUUUGAUGCCGUUGAAGGAAAAUGGAAUAAACUGAAGACCAAAGUUUCCAAAGAUCUGCUUUUGCUUGAAGAGAUUACACCCAAACUCAGGACUUUUGAGACUGAUGCAGAUGCCAUCGCGAAGUGGAUGGAUGGUGUGAAAGACUUCUUAAUGAAAGAGCAGGCUGCCCAAGGGGACGCCGAUGGGCUGCAGAGGCAGCUUGACCAAUGUUCUGCCUUUGUUAAUGAAAUAGAAGCAGUUGAAUCCUCUCUGAAAGACAUGAGAGAAAUAGAGGCUAACCUUCGAAGCUGUCCAGUUGCCGGAAUCAAAACCUGGGUGCAGUCAAAACUCUCUGACUACCAAACCCAAUUGGAGAAAUUUAGCAAGGAGAUUGCUAUUCAAAAAAAUAGAUUGUCCGAAAGCCAGGAAAAAGCAGUGAACCUGAAGAAAGACUUGGCGGAGAUGCAGGAAUGGAUGGCCCAAGCUGAAGAAGAAUACCUGGAGAGGGAUUUUGAAUACAAGUCACCAGAAGAACUUGAGAAUGCUGUGGAAGAAAUGAAGAGGGCAAAAGAGGAUGUGUUGCAGAAGGAGGUGAGAGUGAAGAUUCUCAAGGACAACAUCAAGUUAUUAGCUACAAAAGUGCCCUCUGGUGGCCAGGAGUUGACGUCUGAGCUGAACAUCGUGCUGGAGAAUUAUCAACUUCUUUGCAACAGAAUUCGGGGAAAGUGCCACACGCUAGAGGAGGUGUGGUCUUGUUGGAUUGAACUGCUUCAUUAUCUGGACCUGGAAACCACCUGGUUAAACACUUUGGAAGAGCGGUUAAAGAGCACAGAAGCUCUGCCCGAGAAAGCAGAGGCUGUCAAUGAAGCCCUUGAGUCUCUGGAAUCCGUUUUGCGCCACCCAGCAGAUAACCGCACCCAGAUUCGGGAACUUGGCCAGACUCUGAUUGAUGGAGGGAUUCUUGAUGACAUAAUCAGUGAGAAAUUGGAGAUGUUUAAUAGCCGAUAUGAAGAACUGAGCCACUUGGCAGAGAGCAAGCAGAUUUCCUUGGAAAAGCAACUGCAGGUCCUGCGGGAAACUGACCACAUGCUUCAGGUCUUGCAGGAGAGCUUAGCAGAACUGGACAAGCAGCUCACCACUUACUUGACUGAUAGGAUAGACGCCUUCCAAGUUCCACAGGAAGCACAGAAAAUCCAAGCAGAGAUCUCAGCCCAUGAACUAACUCUAGAAGAGCUGAGAAGAAACACGCGCUCUCAGCCCUCGACCUCCCCAGACGGCAGGACUGCUAGAGGAGGCUCUCAGAUGGAUGUGCUUCAGAGAAAACUUCGAGAGGUAUCCACAAAGUUCCAGCUCUUCCAGAAGCCUGCUAACUUUGAGCAGCGAAUGCUUGAUUGCAAGCGAGUGCUGGAUGGGGUGAAAGCAGAACUGCACAUUCUGGAUGUGAAGGAUGUGGACCCAGAUGUCAUACAGACCCACCUGGACAAGUGCAUGAAACUCUAUAAAACUUUGAGUGAAGUCAAGCUUGAAGUAGAGACAGUAAUCAAAACAGGAAGGCACAUUGUCCAGAAGCAACAAACUGAUAAUCCCAAAGGGAUGGAUGAGCAACUGACUUCUCUGAAGGUCCUCUACAAUGACUUGGGUGCCCAGGUGACAGAGGGAAAACAAGAUCUGGAAAGAGCAUCACAGUUGGCCCGGAAGAUGAAGAAAGAGGCUGCUUCUCUCUCUGACUGGCUUUCUGUUACAGAAGCUGAAUUGGUACAGAAAUCCACUUCAGAAGGUUUGCUUUGUGACUUGGAUACAGAAAUUUCCUGGGCUAAAAAUGUUCUAAAGGAUCUGGAAAAGAAAAAAGCUGAUUUAAAUACUAUCACAGAGAGUAGUGCUGCCCUUCAGAACUUGAUAGAGGGCAGCGAGACUAUUUUAGAAGAGAAGCUCUGUGUUCUUAAUGCUGGAUGGAGCCGAGUUCGCACCUGGACUGAGGAUUGGUGCAAUACCUUAAUGAGCCAUCAGAACCAGCUGGAAAUAUUUGAUGGAAAUGUUGCUCACAUAAGUACCUGGCUUUAUCAAGCUGAAGCUCUGUUGGAUGAGAUUGAAAAAAAACCAGCAAGUAAACGGGAAGAAAUUGUGAAGCGGUUAGUAUCUGAGGUGGAUGAUGCUAAUCUCCAAGUUGAAAAUGUCCGUGACCAAGCCAUUAUUUUGAUGAGUGCUCGUGGAGGCUCAAGUAGAGAGCUUGUAGAACCAAAGUUAGCUGAACUGAAUAGAAACUUUGAAAAGGUGUCUCAACAUAUCAAAAGUGCCAAAUUGCUAAUUGACCAGGAACCGUUAUCAUACCAGUACUUGGUGGGCACAGAGACAUUUGAAGCUUGUGCACCUUCCUCUGACUUGGACAGAUUAGAAAGUGACAUACAGAAUAUGUUAAAUAUUGUGGAGAAACACUUGGAAUCCAGUGAUGGAGAUGAAAAGAUGGACGAGGAGAGAGCCCAGAUUGAGGAAGUCCUUCGAAGAGGAGAACAAAUGUUACGUCAGCCUAUGGAGGAUAGUACUAAAGAAAAGACCCGUUUGCAGUUAGUGCUUCUGCGCACAAGAUACAACAAAGUGAAGGCAAUCCCUACUCAACAGAGAAAAACAGUUCAACUCGCUUCUAGAGUUAGAUCCUCGCCUCUUCCCGCAGAUUACCUUGUUGAAAUUAACAGAGUUUUACACUCCAUGGAUGAUAUUGAGUUGUCACUUAAUACUCCAGAGCUGAACACUGCUGUCUAUGAAGAUUUCUCUUUUCAGGAAGAUUCUCUAAAGAAUAUCAAAGACCAACUGGACAAACUUGGAGAGCAGAUUGCAGUCAUUCAUGAGAAGCAACCAGACAUUAUCCUUGAAGCUUCUGGACCUGAAGCUAUUCAGAUUGGGGAUACGCUUACUCAGUUGAAUGCAAAAUGGGACAGAGUUAAUAGAAUGUACAAUGAUCGUAAAGGUUAUUCUGACAGGGCUGUGGAAGAGUGGAGACAGUUCCACAGUGACCUAAAUGACCUCACACAGUGGAUAACCGAAGUCGAGCAGUUGCUGGUUGACACCUGUGCUCCAGAUGGCAGCCUGGAUUUAGAGAAAGCCAGGAGACAUCAGCAGGAACUCGAAGAGGGCGUCAGCAGCCACCAGCCCAGUUUUGCAGCCCUGAACAGAACUGGGGACGGCAUUGUACAGAAACUUUCCCCCACAAAUGGAAGCUUCUUGAAAGACAAGCUGGCCGGUCUAAACCAACGCUGGAGUGUCGUGGCUGCAGAAGUGAAGGCUAGGCAGUCAAGGCUAAAAGGAGAAAGUAAGCGGGCGAUGGAAUAUAGGAAAAGGCUAGAUGAGAUUAUCUGCUGGGUAACAAAGGCCGAGAAUGCCAUACAAAAGAAAUCAACCACCGAGCUGGAGGAAAACCUGCAAGAGCUGACAGAUUUAACCCAGGAGAUGGAAGUUCAAGCUGAUAAACUCAAAUGGCUGAAUAGAACUGAAUUGGAAAUGCUUUCAGAUAAGAGUCUGAGCUUACAAGAAAGAGAUAAAAUUUCAGAAAGCUUAAGAAAUGUCAAUACGACAUGGAAUAAGAUAUACAGGGAACUGCCCACUGCAUUAAAGGAAUGCAUCCAGGAAUCCAGUUCUGUUUCACAGACAAGGACCGCUGCUCCUCCUAGUGUCCAAAAGGUGGUGCUAGUAUCAUCCGUGCCAGAUAUCCCUGUUCAGUCUCACCGCACUUCUGAAAUUUCGAUUCCCGCUGAUCUGGAUAAAACUAUAACAGAGCUAGCUGACUGGCUGCUAUUGAUUGACCAGAUGCUAAAGUCCAAUAUCGUCACGGUUGGGGACAUAGAAGAGAUCAAUAAGACAGUUUCCCGAAUGAAAAACACAAAAGCCGACUUAGAACAGCGCCGUCCUCAACUGGAUUACGUUUUUACAUUGGCGCAGAAUUUGAAAAAUAAAGCUUCCAGUUCUGAUGUGAGAACAGCAAUCACAGAAAAAUUGGACAAGGUCCAGAGCCAGUGGGACAGCACUCAGCAUGGUGUGCAGUCCCGGCAGCAGCAGCUGGAGGACAUGAUCAUGGACAGUCUGCAGUGGGAUGACCAUCGGGAAGAGACUGAGGAGCUUAUGAGGAAGUACGAGGCUCAACUCUAUAUUCUUCAGCAAUCCCGCAGGGAUCCACUUAUCAAACAGAUUUCUGAUAACCAAGUAUUACUUCAGGAAAUGGGCCCCGGUGAUGGUAUCGUAAUGGCGUUCGAUAACGUCCUGCAGAAAUUGCUGGAGGAGUAUAGCAGGGAUGACACAAGGAAUGUGAAAGAAACCACUGAGUACUUAAAAUCAUCAUGGAUCAAUCUAAAACAAAGCAUUGCUGACAGACAGAGUGCCCUGGAGGCUGAGCUGAGAACAGUGCAGGCCUCGCGUAGGGACCUGGACAACUUCCUCAAGUGGAUACAAGAAGCAGAAACCACAGUUAACGUGCUUGCAGAUGCCUCUCAGCGGGAGAAUGGUCUUCAGGACAAUACCAUGGCCAGAGAGCUCACACAGCAGAUGCAGGACAUCCAGGCGGAAAUUGAUGCCCAUAAUGACAUAUUUAAAAGCAUUGAUGGAAACAGGCAGAAGAUGGUAAAAGCUUUGGGAAAUUCUGAAGAAGCUACUAUGCUUCAACAUCGACUAGAUGAUAUGAACCAAAGAUGGAAUGACUUGAAAGCAAAAUCUGCUAGCAUCAGGGCCCAUUUGGAGGCCAGCGCUGAGAAGUGGAACAGGCUGCUGACAUCUUUAGAAGAACUGAUCAAAUGGCUGAACGUGAAAGAUGAAGAGCUUAAGAAGCAGAUGCCCAUUGGAGGGGAUGUUCCCACCUUACAGCUCCAGUAUGACCAUUGUAAAGCACUGAGGCGUGAAUUAAAGGAGAAAGAAUAUUCUGUGCUGAAUGCUGUAGACCAAGCUCGAGUGUUCCUUGCUGAUCAGCCAAUUGAGGCCCCUGAAGAACCCAGAAGAAACUUACAAUCAAAAACAGAAUUGACCCCUGAGGAGAGAGCCCAAAAGAUUGCCAAAGCCAUGCGCAAACAGUCUUCUGAAGUCAAAGAGAAGUGGGAAAGUCUAAAUGCUGUUACUAGCAAUUGGCAAAAGCAAGUAGACAAGGCGUUGGAGAAGCUGCGAGACCUACAGGGUGCUAUGGACGACCUGGAUGCAGACAUGAAGGAGGCGGAGGCGGUACGGAACGGCUGGAAGCCUGUGGGAGACUUACUGAUCGAUUCACUGCAGGAUCACAUUGAAAAAACCAUGGCAUUUAGAGAAGAAAUUGCACCAAUCAACUUAAAAGUUAAGACAGUGAAUGAUUUGUCCAGUCAGCUGUCUCCACUUGACCUGCACCCAUCUCUAAAGAUGUCUCGCCAGCUGGAUGACCUUAAUAUGCGAUGGAAACUUUUACAGGUGUCUGUGGACGAUCGCCUUAAACAGCUUCAGGAAGCCCAUCGAGAUUUUGGACCAUCCUCUCAGCAUUUUCUGUCUACUUCAGUCCAGCUGCCGUGGCAAAGAUCCAUUUCACAUAAUAAAGUGCCCUAUUACAUCAACCAUCAAACACAAACAACCUGUUGGGAUCAUCCAAAAAUGACCGAACUCUUUCAGUCCCUUGCUGAGCUGAAUAAUGUACGUUUCUCUGCCUACCGUACAGCCAUCAAAAUCCGAAGACUACAAAAAGCAUUGUGUUUGGAUCUCUUAGAGUUGAAUACAACAAAUGAAGUCUUCCAACAGCACAAGCUAAACCAAAAUGAUCAGCUCCUCAGUGUUCCAGAUGUCAUCAACUGUCUGACAACAACUUACGAUGGACUUGAACAAGUACAUAAGGACCUGGUCAACGUUCCACUCUGUGUGGAUAUGUGUCUCAACUGGCUACUCAACGUAUAUGACACGGGUCGGACUGGAAAAAUAAGAGUGCAGAGUCUGAAGAUUGGAUUGAUGUCUCUUUCCAAAGGUCUCUUAGAAGAAAAAUACAGAUAUCUCUUUAAGGAAGUGGCGGGGCCGACAGAAAUGUGUGACCAGAGGCAGCUGGGCCUGUUACUUCAUGAUGCCAUCCAGAUCCCUCGGCAGCUGGGGGAAGUAGCAGCUUUUGGAGGCAGUAAUAUUGAACCCAGUGUCCGCAGCUGCUUCCAACAGAAUAACAACAAGCCAGAGAUAAGUGUGAAAGAGUUUAUAGACUGGAUGCGCCUGGAGCCACAGUCCAUGGUUUGGCUGCCUGUUUUACAUCGAGUGGCAGCAGCCGAGACUGCAAAACAUCAGGCCAAAUGCAACAUCUGUAAAGAAUGUCCAAUUGUUGGGUUCCGGUAUAGAAGCCUAAAGCAUUUUAACUAUGAUGUCUGCCAGAGUUGCUUUUUUUCUGGUCGAACAGCAAAAGGUCACAAAUUGCAUUACCCAAUGGUGGAAUAUUGUAUACCUACAACAUCUGGGGAAGAUGUACGAGACUUCACAAAAGUGCUAAAGAACAAGUUCAGGUCAAAGAAAUACUUUGCCAAACACCCCCGGCUUGGCUAUUUACCAGUCCAGACGGUUCUUGAAGGUGACAACUUAGAGACUCCUAUCACUCUCAUCAGUAUGUGGCCGGAGCACUACGACCCCUCUCAGUCUCCUCAGCUGUUUCAUGAUGAUACCCAUUCAAGAAUAGAGCAGUACGCCACCCGGCUGGCCCAGAUGGAAAGGACAAAUGGGUCUUUCCUCACUGAUAGUAGCUCUACCACAGGAAGUGUGGAGGACGAGCACGCCCUCAUCCAGCAGUACUGUCAGACGCUCGGAGGAGAGUCCCCCAUGAGCCAGCCUCAGAGCCCUGCGCAGAUCCUGAAGUCGGUAGAAAGGGAAGAACGGGGAGAACUGGAGCGGAUCAUUGCUGACUUGGAGGAAGAACAAAGGAAUCUGCAGAUGGAAUAUGAACAGCUAAAGGAGCAGCAUCUUAAAAGAGGACUCCCUGUUGGUUCACCCCCAGACUCUGUUGUAUCUCCCCAUCACACUUCUGAGGAUUCAGAACUGAUAGCAGAAGCCAAGCUCCUCCGGCAACACAAAGGUCGGCUGGAAGCAAGGAUGCAGAUUUUAGAAGAUCACAACAAACAGCUGGAGUCUCAGCUCCACCGACUUCGACAGCUGCUGGAGCAGCCUGAAUCUGACCCCCGAAUCAAUGGCGUCUCCCCGUGGGCUUCCCCGCAGCAUUCUGCACUGAGCUACUCGCUUGAUCCGGAUCCUGGCCCACAGUUCCAGCAGGCAGCGGCGGAGGACUUGUUGGCGCCACCUCGUGAAACCAGCACAGACCUCACUGAGGUCAUGGAGCAGAUCAACAGUACAUUUCCAUCUUGCUGUCGACAAAAGGAAUUUUCAGAGUUAAGUUCAUCUCAUCUAUAGGCUGUCUUUGAAGCAAAUCUCCCCAGCAGGCCACAGGCAAUGUGAAGUAGUCAUCCAGCCAACCAACAUUUCCUGAUGUUACAGUAUUACCCUUCUCAGCAAAUGCCAGUUCCAAGUUCCAUUUAAUCAGAAGCUGCAUGGCUCUGUGAAACAUGCUGUUGAGUGCAGGCUGUGUCCUACUGAAGGAGUAAAACACUGACUAUCCAAAGAGAAAAGGAUAUUUUGUUUUUAUAAUAACCAUAUAUUAUUGUUUUCUUCCCUUUCUAUGCAACUGUAAAUUAAUGAACAGAGUGGUAUUUGGAAAUGGUAAUACAUUUGUCACUGAUUUGUAUAAUGUAUACAGCAUUGGGAGUGUGGGGGGGGGAGCUUUCUAAUACUCUAUCUUCUUUUUAAUAACCAUGUCACAAAUGGGCUAGGAAUUAGAAGAAAAUUUUACAUUUUUACAUUCCUUCUGUUCGUAUUAACCUUGUACAAUAACUUCAUUUAUUUCCUUCACUCUUUUACCAUUAUGUUUUGGUUAUUUAUGAUUCAUCAGCCAUAUGACCAAAUAGAUUUCCUAUAUUUGUUUUCAUGAUUUGGCCAAAUUAAUAAGUUCAUAUAUUUCAGCCAAUUAUCAUAUAUAUAUAUGAGGAUUAGACUGCAGUUCUGUGUAUACCAUUUAACUUUGACAUCCUACACAUACUUCUUUAGUGACCACUUGGAUAACCACAAUAAAAAUGCUCUGGGCCUAAAUGGCAUUUUUGUUGGAUUUUUUCCUUGCAUUUUAUAGCCCAGCACUAUAUAAGUAGGUCUCGAUUUCUUUAUUUAUUUCAUGUCCCAGUCCAGAUGAGAGGGGAGUCUUAAAGCAGACUUAUAAUCUCAAAGACCCUUUAACCAAAAGUUGCCUCAUUAAGCAUAUUUUUAUUUUGACACAAAAACAAACUUUGUAUACAACCUUUCCUAGUUCCCAGGUCUUGAUUUUCGUCAAUAAAUACACACCACACUUUAUGUAAUUGGGCUACCAGAGUGUAUCAUUGUAUUUAGUUUCCUUUGAAGAUAUUUUUAUCAUUGCUUAUAUAUUCUCACACCCUUUAUCAUACUUGAAACUCACAGUUAUUUUCAUUCUGAAAGAGGCCAACAGAUACAGAUUUCGUGCAUAUCUCAUUCCACCUUUGUGAGUAAAUGAACAGAUGUUUUGUUUUCCUCAGUGUGAUCAAUGCAUUUGCAAAAGAUAUUGUCAAAAGCCUGUGUCACUGCUUCUGUAGAAGAAUGAAAUUCAUGCUAAGAUGGUGGUACCCCUGCCUGUAGCUUUCAGUGGAUUCAGUUAGGUAUUUGAUUCCGCCUCUAAUUUAACAUUUAAUUGAUUCAGUUUAAACAUGUUAUUUAAUUACCAAAUGUAGAGAAACCAAAAAAAAAAAAAGUCAAAAUAA